AUUUUCUUGUCUCUCCCUCGUUAGCUGCCCUGUGCUCAGCAAUCCCAAUAAGCCUUACUUCCUUCUCUCUUAAUUUCACUGUACAUAUAUACUUUCUUGGGUUUUAACAUAAUCCCCACCUGUAAAAACUUCUCAAAAAAAUAAGAAGAAAAUCCCCUCCUGGAAAAGGAUGAUUAUUUGUCAUGACUUGACGCUGGAGGGUCUAACGUUGCACAAAGUUUUACUCCUUAGGUGCUGAUUACAAGAACUUGGAGUAAAGUUUGAUAUCUAAUAAUGGAUAGAAAGGAUACGUCAGGAUUCGUAAGCGGAGGUGGGAUGUGCUCUUUUUGACGCAUCUAACCCUAGUUUAGCACUAACUAAUUCUUUAGCCCGGAAGUUUAGCCUCUUAACUAAUUCUUAGCCUGGAAGUCAGGCCAACUGUUCUUUUGCAAUUGAGAUUUGGUUCAAUAGUAGUGUUGCAUCCUAGUGAUGGAUCCCAGAUUGCACUAUUUGGGGUUUGCUGCAAACCCGUCGUUACAUGCAUCCAAGAAUCUGGGCAAUUCCAUCCCAAUUGGCGGAGCUGCAUCUGAAGGUGGUGAUUGUGCUGAUACCACACUGCGACUUGAUUCUGUUGGGUCCUUAAUACCUUCAUUCCCUGCCCCAAAGGAAAUCAAAUGCAAUUGCAGCUCAACUCAUGGAUCUAUUGAUCAGCAAAUUGAUUCAUAUUUAUGUCUAAGCUUAGGCCAUUCAUCAACUUCCACGGAAAGUAUGUGGAGUUCAGGCAUUCUAUGCACCUCAAUAUCUCCAGCGAAAGAAACUCACGAGUCCUCGAUGGACCUGGAAGUGGACUUCGGUCUUUAUCUUGCCAAUGAGAUGACACCAAGGCCGAAAAGUUCAGCUAUCUCCAUUCCAAAAGUACCUGACGCAGGGACUGCAAUUGAUCUGGAACUGAGUCUUUCCAAUAGUGCUGCUGAAUCUGAUGUUACGACUGUGCCACACAGUUUUUCUGGAGCUUUUCAUACUGAUGAAGUAUCAACAGGUUCUCAUCAAAAUACUGGUAGCUUUUUUCAUCCGUUACAUGCGCCACACGACAAAGAGUCUAAUUACUUCUCGAAACAGGCGAUAAAAGAAGUUGAGCCAUCUCCAGUCUUUCCUGAUCCCUCCUCAAGUGUAAUAACACAUCCAAAAAGCUCAGUAACCUGUACUUCCGGGUCAACAAAGCAGCAGCGCAACAGUGGUAUCAAACAGUGUCAGUUCAAGGGAUGUAUUAAAGGAGCAAGAGGUGCUUCUGGCCUUUGCAUUGCCCAUGGCGGAGGCCGUAGGUGUCAGAAACCGGGUUGCCAUAAGGGAGCCGAGGGUCGAACCGCAUUCUGCAAGGCCCAUGGCGGUGGUAGGCGGUGUGAAUUCCUAGGGUGUACCAAAAGUGCAGAAGGACGCACUGAUUUCUGCAUCACGCAUGGGGGUGGACGCCGUUGCAGUCACGAAGGCUGCACCCGCGCUGCCAGAGGGAAGUCUGGAUUAUGCAUUAGACAUGGUGGGGGCAAGAGAUGCCAGAUGGAGAACUGCACGAAAAGUGCGGAAGGACUCUCUGGCCUCUGCAUUUCACAUGGAGGUGGCCGGCGGUGUCAGUACCCCCAGUGCACUAAAGGGGCCCAAGGAAGCACCUUGUUUUGUAAGGCCCACGGUGGUGGGAAACGUUGCACAUUUGAAGGGUGCAAUAAGGGCGCAGAGGGUAGCACACCUUUCUGUAAAGGUCACGGGGGAGGGAAAAGAUGUACAUACCAAGGAGGUGGCGUUUGCCCAAAGAGUGUGCACGGAGGGACUCUCUUCUGUGUGGCACAUGGCGGUGGUAAGAGAUGUGCUAUGCCAGAAUGCUCCAGGAGUGCUAGGGGCCGGACAGAUUUCUGUGUGCGCCAUGGUGGUGGUAAAAGAUGCAAAUUCGACAGCUGUGGAAAAAGCGCUCAGGGAAGCACCGAUUUCUGCAAGGCCCACGGUGGUGGAAAGAGAUGUUCAUGGGGUCAACCUGGUUCUGAAUUUGGCCAAAAUGAGAGUCCUUUUAACUCAUUUGCCAGAGCAAAGUCUGGACUUUGUGAAUCUCAUGGUGCCCUGGUGCAAGACAAACGUGUUCACGGUGGUGCCACUCUAGGGGCUGUCGUCUUGGAUUCAACACCCAAAAAUCCCGGUAAGAUGAAGGAGAUUGUCAACGUAGAGGAUAUGUAUAUUGAUAUCAUGAAGAUGGGAAGUAACAUUUUGACAUCUACAGGUUGGAAAUAUUUUGAGUUUAAGGAAGGGAAUACGCCAGUUGGUGGAAGCUCAUCAUCAGUUUCCGAGGGAAGAGUGCACGGAGGAAGUUUGAUGGCAAUGCUGGCCGGUGGCUCUAGCCACACCUUAAACAGCAGCAGGGGCACAGUGACUACAUCCGAGCCAGGGAAACCUUUUGGUAACGCCUAAAAACUACACGCGAGACACACUAGCCGCUUCAUCCUUGCAUUUCGUUGUAAGCCUUGAGAAUUCCGGAUAUUUGUGUCAAUUUUUCCUAUCAACCUUAUUCUCCAUUAUGGUGAUUGAGAAGCUGUUAUCUUUCAUUUGUGAAGUCGGAUUUCGACUUGAACCUACUAUUCUUAUAGUACAACAACAUAUCCAGUAUAUUCCUAUAAAUGGGGUCUGGAGAGGAUAGUGUGUACGCAGACUGGCCUUACCCCUACCUUGUGCAUGUAGAGAGGCGUUAUAGUACAUAGUAGUAAUAAGGGGAGAUACUAGGCUGAAAGUUAGUUUAAGAGUUUGGUAUCCAGUAUUGGCUUAAUGUACAUUUGUACAUAGCUGUUUUCUUGUAGUUUUGGUGUAAAUAUUUUGUGGUAGUAUGAGAACUCAUUAUAAUUUUA